ACUAACAUACAGUAAGCAUGUAUCUUGUGCACCGGGCCUUCGUUGGUUUCCCGUACAAGCUCUCUAUAAAUAUCAGGUUCAGCUCUGCCCACACUUCAUUUCUCCUUGCCUUUCAUAACCUCCUCUCCAUCUUCCCUGACGAAGGAGCACACAAGAGAAGACAGAGAGAGGAGUACAGGAGAUGGCAGGCUGUGAUGAAGCUAAGUCGUUGGCUUCAAUGGAGGAAGAGGCGUGCAUUGAGAAGAAGUAUGGAGGGAUUGCACCAAAGAAGCCUCUGAUUUCAAAGGACCAUGAGCGCGCCUACUUUGAUUCCGCAGACUGGGUUCUUGGCAAGCAAGCUGCAAACAGCAACGGUUCAAAGGCCGCGGUUGAGACUCUCAAGCCCAAGCUCAAGAGAACGCCUCAUCACCAGCUCCCUCCUCGCAAGCCAACCUGCGCAUCAAGCUGAGCCGCGAGGCAUAUCAGAAUGCAGCGGCAGCUGGAGACCUCGAAGCAACAAGGGGACAGGUGGACUAAGAUCAGUGUUGUAGCCUGUCCUAAAUCGUAGGUGGAAAGAAACAGCCCAGCAACUCUGCAUUUGCAGAUUAGCCUCUCUGGCAGUUGCAGCCUCUAUGUCUAUCAGAAUUCAGAACGGAUUAACCAUUGCUCAGUGAUAUCUCCAUUAUCUAAAAAAAGGGAUUAACGAACAUUGUCAUGAUAAAUUGAUAAUGAUAUCACUUGGUACA